AUUGUUGCACUCGAGUCGGCCGACCAACAGCUUCUUUUCGAGGAAUUUCGGUACGAACCGAUCAGUGUGCUUCCUGGGAAGGACAUGACCAACAAGCAGGAGAAUAGUCGUAGCCAAGCAUCCAAGAAUUACAACGAUCUUGUCCGGAGUUUUGCGCUGCUGAACAAUCAGUAUGUUCAGCUACGACGCGCAUAUGAUAUACUUCAAAAAAAGUAUGAAAGUGAAAUGUUGUCGAAAAGCCGGGAAAUUGAAAGGCUGGAAAGGGAAAAAUCGUUGCUGAAGGAGGAUUGUAACUCCCACGAUAUAGCCGCCAAGCAACAAAUGGAGUUACGCGAAAAAGAAAUAAUCGGAAAAAUGCGUAAGGAAAUUGUGCGAAUCACUGAUGAGAAAGAGCAGCUACUGCGGGAAAAUGAGGAGCUUGAGCAAUCACGCGAAGAAAUUCAUCGAAAAUUGCUGGAACAAACUGCAAAAUGCAGACGCAUGAAAGCUGAUCGUGAGAUGCGCGAAGGUGAACUCAGAAAUGAGUACGAGGAACAGAUCAGUGGACUUACAAAGCAACUAAAUGCCCAAAUUCGGAUGCUAAAGCACAAACGAUGUGCCAUGGUUUGUCGGCAACACAUACACGAAACAGUCAUUUAUUUUGCAAAAGAAAAUGUAACAGCGUUGAUUGAAAUAUUCGAGACAAUUUUUCCAGUUCACCAAACAGCACAACAAUCUGACAAUUUAUAA